AUGUCGUCUCUCUGGAACCUCUUUUCAGGACAAAAGUCCUCCUCCCAACCCGACUCGGUCGGCGCAUCGUCGGCGCAGCCUCACCAACCGCACACAAGUAUCGAGCCGACAACCUCCUCCCACUUCGAUCCGACAGCGGGUCAAGGCGUCGAGUCCUUCUUGCAAAGCUCCUCCUUCGCGGACCCCUCUCAACUCCAUCCUCUCGCUGGUCUGAACAAAGAGACUCUCGAAUACCUCACACUUGAAGACGGUGCCCUCUCCCAGGUCCCCGGCAGCCAAUCCGUCCUUCCAUCCAGGGGCUUCACAGAUGACCUAUGUUACGGAACAGGCAUAACAUAUCUCACUGCUCUGGGUAUUGGGGGCGCAUGGGGCUUGCGGGAAGGCUUGUUGAGGUCCGAAGGGCAGCCGCCCAAGCUGAGGCUGAACUCGGUUCUGAACGCGGUGACCCGCCGCGGUCCCUUCCUCGGUAAUUCCGCUGGCGUUGUCGCCAUCACAUACAACUGCUUCACCGGCGCGAUUGGUUACUUCAGAGGGAAGCACGAUUCCGCGAACACAAUCGCGGCUGGCGCGCUUAGUGGUAUGCUUUUCAAGAGCACGAAGGGCCUUCGGCCAAUGAUGAUUUCCGGCGGCAUUGUUGCAACUGUCGCUGGAGCCUGGGCGGUUGUUCGGACAACCUUCUUUGCCGCUUCCCACUCAGGCGAGCAAGAGCAUGCCACAUUGUAA